AUGUCGAAAAUUCCGAUUUUGAAAAAUUCGGAAUUUCGAAAUAUUCCGAUUUUAAAAUUUUCGGAAUUUCGGAAUUUUCUGAAUGUUUUAAAAUUCAAAUUAGAAAUUAGAAAUUCCAUUUUCCCAUCACAAAAACGCAAAAAACUUGUGGAAAUUGAACGAAAGAUUUCGACCAUGGACAUAUUCCUCGGAAGAACAAAUCUAAUAAUUUUCAACGCACCAAAUCCAAACGACCCAACAGGCAUAAAACACUUUAUAGACGUCCGAUACUUGGUCCAACAAGCAGAAAACAUUCUUAAAUCUGGAAGUCCAACACCAAUUUUUAGAAUGAGCUCUCUGGAAAAAUUAGCAUUAGGGCUUCGUGAAAGCUUACAAAACUCAAAAACUACAACUAUUUCAAAAGUUGGGAAAGAUGAGACGCUGGCGUUUUGGCAGAGUGAUAUGAUAAAAAUUCAAAUGAUAAAAGGAAUUUGGAGAGUCUGGAGUAGGCUGAAUAGACUAGCAACAUCAAUGAGAGCUAGAAGGCGUGAGAUUUGCAGGGAUAAUAUGAUAAUGAUAGAUUUAAAAGAGGAAUCCGUAGUUUUUCAUUUGAGCAAAACUCAAAUUGAUGUAUCAUGGCAGUCAAAUUACAAUGUAGAGCAGCUGAAAUUAAAGGAAUUUACGAGCGAAGAGCAAAAGCAGAGUUGA